CCUCCACCUCCACCUGCGGCUUCGUUUCCUUUUCCGCGAGAGAGAUAAGAGAAAGAGAGAGAGGACAUUUCUUUUGACACAGUAAGCUUUCACUGAUUGGCCUUGUUGGCUUUCCUCAAGCGAAAGUACUCUCACACCACCAUCAUCAUCGUCCGAGCGAUCACUCAUCUCCUCCUUCCCUCUCUCCCUCUGCUACUGUAGCUCAAAAGGGUGCUCCGUCUUUCCUCUCCUCCCGUCCUCAUGGAGGCCGGCGACGGUCAGUCGCCGCCGCGGCUGGUCAACGAUCGAGUCUACGUGGCCGUGGGCAGCGACGUGCAGGAGAGCAAGUCGACUCUCCUGUGGGCGCUGCAGAACUUCGGCGGCCACUUCCGCAUCCUCCAUGUUCAUCAGCCUCCCGAGGAUGAUAAUGACAGGAACCAUCUCAACCCACCUCGAUGCCGGGGACACGGUGCGGCGGGGCAUGAUAGCCGCACCGUGAAUCAGUCGUAUGGUUAUGGUGCCAGGACUCCUCAAGAACUUGCGAGGCAGAACAUGGAUAAGAUCCUGGAUGAGUACAUUCGCAUUUGUAACCAAACAGGGGUUCCUGCGGAGAAAAGAUAUAUUGAGAUGCAAGAUAUAGGGAAGGGGAUAGUGCAACUUAUUGAGGAGCAUGCCAUUGAGAAACUGAUUAUGGGAGCAGCAGCAGAUAAGCGCUAUUUUGUAGGGAUGGCGCAACUUAAAUCCAAAAAAGCAAUAUUUGUCAACCAGCAGGCCGAUCCAUCUUGUUAUAUUUGGUUUAUCUGCAAGGGGCAGCUAAUUCAUGUCAGGGAAGGAGAUUUAAACACUUUCGAUAUGGAUGUUCCCCCAUCAUCGGUAUCAGUGAAUUCUGCUGCGGAAUCUGGAUCACAAAACUUGAGAAGCCCUAUAGGUUCAUCAGCUCUUUCACGAUCCAACUCUAGUGAAGUUGAAGACGAUAGGUCCUUGGUUUGGAUUACGAGAGGCCAGAGGAUCCAUCAUAAAUCAGAAUCAAGCUCUGGACCUUCUUUAAAACCUUCAGAUGAACUUUCUUGUGAACCUCCAACGCCAUUUUGUGCUCUGGAAGGAAGUAACGAUGAACUCUAUAAACAACUUGACAGAGCAAUGGCAGAGGCUGCAAAGGCAAAACGAGAGGCAUAUGAAGAGUGGAUCAAUCGUCAAGAAGCUGAAAAAAAUGCAAUUGAUGCUAAUCGCAGAGUUAUAGCACUUCAGGAGGAGUUAAGGCGGAGGAACGGUCUUGAGGAAUCGCUAGCUAAAGAAAAGGAAGCACUCGAAAUGACGAAGAACCAACUGGAUGAGUUACAGAUGCUGCUAGAGAAUGCACUGAAAGUAAACGAGGAGCUCCUUACAAGCCAAGCAAGCGAACCCUUGACUGCAAAUCAGCAGGACUUCCUUUCUGAAUUUUCUUUCUCAGAAAUUAUGGAAGCUAUCAACAGUUUCGAUCCAUCCUUAAAGAUUGGGGAAGGAGAGUACGGGAGCACUUAUAAAGGUUUUCUUUGUAACAUCCUAGUGACCAUUAAGUUGCUUUCCCAGGGAUCCUCACAGUACCAUCAAGAGGUCCACACAGCAAGUAAGCUAAGACAUCCGAAUUUGGUUAAUCUCAUCGGAGUCUGCACUGAAGCUUGGACUCUUAUCUAUGAGUAUCUCCCCAAUGGUAGCCUUGAAGACCGACUCUGCUGCGUAGGCAACACUGCGCCUCUGUCAUGGCAAACUCGUGUAUGCAUUUGUAUGGAAACAUGUGCUGCAGUAAUUUAUCUGCAUUACCACAGUGGAAUAGCUCAUGGUGACCUGGAACCAGAAAAUAUUCUUCUCGACACCAACUUCCUGCCAAAACUAAUAAAAUCUGGACUGUCCUGUGAGCCAACGGCAGGGGAACGAUCUUUUGCCUCAGAUGUUUAUUCAUUUGGUCUUAUAAUAUUGCAGUUACUGAUCGGGAAAUCGGCCUUGAGUUUAAAAGAGACAGUGCAAGACUCAUUCAUUCUAGAGAACUUAAAGGACUUACUGGAUCCUACAGCAGGGCACUGGCCAUUUGAGCAAGCCAGGGAGCUGGCUCACAUGGCAUUGAGGUGCUGUGACAUAAAUCCCAGCAACCGGCCUGAGCUCAAGUCCGAAGUGUGGCCUGUGCUCGAGCAGAUGCGAAUUCUUAGUGAAGAUUCAUCGUCCAAUUGGUCAGGUCCUGAAGAGCCUAGCCAGCCUCCUCCAUAUUUCAUUUGUCCAAUCUACCAGGAAAUUAUGCAAGAUCCCCAAGUGGCAUCAGAUGGUUUUACCUAUGAGGCAGAGGCGAUAAGGGGUUGGUUUACUAGUGGCCAUGAUACUUCACCUAUGACGAAUCUCCAGCUUGCAAACCUUGAUCUCGUUCCGAACCAGACUCUGCGAUCUGCAAUUCAAGAUUGGCUACAAGACCAUGAACCUUAAAUUCAAUGUCCUGAUCACAGUGACUGAACCCGGCAAGAGCAGUGCGACUUUCCUUUCCAACUAAGAACUGUACAGAGAUUCUUUGUUCUGGCACUGAAAUGUAUGACCCAUAAUUCUGCAGUUUCAAGGUCUGGGAUAUUGUUUUGGCAUGAUGAUUUGGGUUGAAUUUGCAUCUGUGCAAA